GGGUCCCGUCUCUCAUCCGUGUGAGCCAUGACGGCGAUGCGCGCGCCCGCCGCCCUGGGACUGGUCCUGCUUCUCACGUGCGCGCUCGCCAGCGCCGCGCCGACGACGAGAGCGAGCGUGAGCCGAGGUUGGAGGCGCGCGGAGGAGGAGCGGAGCCGCGGCCACACCGACACCGCCACCGCCACCGGGACGACGGCGGCCGAAGCCCCCUGGAGCCGUCGGAGGAGCGCCGUCGCCAUGACGACGACAAUGCCCCACGGGCAGCGGAAGGAUUCGAAGAGAUCGAAAACAGACAGAAGGGAUCGGACAACCGCCGUAUCCCCGCAAGAUCACCGGAGGAAGGGCAAAUACCUGAAACAUAUCACAGGGCCCCUCUACUUCAGCCCCAAGUGCUGGAAGCAUGUGUACCACGUGUACUACCAGACCAGAGACUGCACGAUACCUGCAUAUAUCAAAAGAUGUGCACGGCUUCUCACGCGUCUUGCCGGCAGCCCCAUGUGCACGGGGGGCUAACACGAGCAAGGUCCAAGCUAAACACCUGCUAUCCAGAAUUCUAAUGGUCUUGGCUGGGAAAAGUGCUUCAGACAUUGGGAGAGCCGUCUGGAAAAAAACACUGAGACCAGCCCUUUUGUUGAACUCGGGCAUAACAAGUGUCGCUUCUCCUGAAGUCUACUGACAAUAUGGACGGCGCUCAAAGACACAAAGAACCCGGUGGGACCAAGAGCCCUUUCAAAUAUGUUGGAAAUCUUGCAAAGAUGGAGACGAGAGACAUCAGGACGAUCCAUUAGCUCGCUAAAGGACACCGACUCCGUUGGCCCGAGCGCCGACACGAGAUGUUCACGGGACACGAACCACGGUGGGAAGUCACAGAAGAUUCCAUCAAAAUCUAUAUUUAUAUAUUUGAAAAGCUUCGACUGGACUGCUUCGACCAUUUCCACAUUUGUGUGUCAAUCAAAAACAUAAAAAAAUGUCCGGCAUAUAAGCGAUAUAUAGCUGUAUAUGAUAUAUAAAAGCAAGUUAUAUUUAAAUAAAUUAUAUAAUUGGUACAAAAAGCCAGGGGUAGUUUUUUCCUGCCGACACAAUGCGUGGGAUGUUGAUGAUGAUGAUGAGGUGAUUGCUGAGCCAAGCAUGGCGGCGGCGGCGGCGGCGCCCCCUCUGUCAGUGCUUUUUUGGGGCAGGUGUUUUUCAAUUUGUUUUGUUUUCCCCCAGAACGCUGACACAGUUGACCCGCGCUGUUUAUGAACUGUUUACUAGCAACCCCUUGCCUGAGCUUUAUACGAGGCGUGAGCGCGAAUAUAGAGUCCGUGCGUAUGCUUGUGUCUAACCUUUUUUUUGUUUGUUUUCCUUGAAACAUGUCGUUGAGGAAAUGUUAGAUUAGAGAAAGCCGUCAUGUUAAUGGGAAAUAAAUGAUCA